AUGUUAGUGUUAGUGUUUGUGGUAUGUUUGGUGGUACUCAGUGUGUGGCGGAGGGUUAGGUCGAAGAACCUAAUGCCUCCAGUGGUCCCCGGGGCUCUUCCACUUAUAGGACAUACGCAUCACUUCACUGAAUUCGAAAAAAUAUGGAAUAUAUUGGAACAAACAAGUUUAUUUACAUUGAAUAAUGGAGGAAUUUCAAUUAUAAAAAUUUGUGAAUAUAACGCAUACAUACUUACGGAUCCGGAUCUCAGUCUCAUGGCGUACAAUAUUUGCUUGAACAAAAUGUACUUCUACCAUUUCACUGAUGAUCUUGUGGCUAAUGGACUCAUUACGUCUGAAGCCCAAACUUGGAAAAUACACCGAAAGUUAAUAAAUCCAGCGUUCAAUCAACAAAAUUUAAACAAUUUUAUAGAUGAAAUGAAUGUGCAAGCAAAACGGCUGGUCUCUGAAUUAUCUACUACGCUUGGAAAAUCAGUAAAUAUGCGCAAACCUCUUGUCAGAUAUACAAUGAAUAUUACUAGUCGGACUACUUUAGGAUUAAAUGCAGAAGAUCAAACUUUAGUCGAGAAGGAUUAUGCGCACGCAUUUGAACUUUUAUCGGUAUUAUACUACCAGAGGGCGACGAAACCUUGGCUGCACUUACCUUUCUUCUUUAAAAGAAGUGCAUUAAAGCGUAAACAGGACAAACUUACGGAAACAGUGAAAAAUAUUCUUACCCCCAUAAUACAAAAAAGGAGAUUAGAAAUGAAGAUGAAUUCGUACAUCAACAACGAAAAUGAUGAUAAAUUCCAACCUGUGCUGAAUCGUCUAUUACAUCUAGCCGAUGAACAAAAUGCUUUCACUGACACCGAGAUACGGGAACACUUGAACACUUUUGUGAUUGCUGCUUACGACACUACUACAGUAUCGCUCACACUCAUAUUGAUGAUGAUUGGUUGGCAUAAGGAUGUACAGGAACGGAUUUACAAUGAAAUACAAGAAGUGUUAAAUAAUGAAGACAGAGAUUUCACAAAGAAUGAUUUGCCAAAACUAGUGUAUUUGGAAGCGGUGAUCAAAGAAACGUUGAGGUUGUACCCAACUGUGCCGUACAUCGGUCGCACAGUUAACAGAGAUAUCGCAUUAGGAAAAUAUACCUUACCGGCUGGUAGUACGUGUGCAAUUUCAUUGUAUGGCAUCCAUCGUCACCCUAUGUGGGGAAAGGACGCUGAUCAGUUCAUACCAGAUAGAUGGCUCGAUCCUGCUCGGCUGCCGAACCACCCAAAUGCUUUCGUUGCCUUUGGUGUAGGCAAAAGAUAUUGUAUAGGUAAACAAUAUGCCAUGAUGGUGAUGAAAACAGUAAUAGGACAUAUAGUAAACCAGUACCACGUGCACAGUGAUCUUAGUAGGUUGAAAUUUCAAUAUGAAGUUGUACUGCAACCGACGAAGGGUCAUCGAAUUACAUAUACAAAAAGAACAUAA